GGGGGGAAGGGAGAGGGAAAUCGAGACGAAGCAACAGCCUCCAGCUUUUCUCUUCCUCUAAUCUCGCUUCACUCCCCUUGCUCCCUCUCCCUCCCUCUCCCCUUUCCCCUCCCUCCCUCUUUCUAAUUCCUGCCGCUAGCUCGGAGCCUCAUUCAGCCGCCGCUGCCGCUGGAGUGUUACAGGCUGAAGAUGCCGCCGUGCCCGCUCCGCGGCGAGUUGUGAAUGGGACCUGCUCCUCUCCCUGCUCGGAGAGGCCAAGGGACGCCGUCAGCCCCGCUGGACCCGCGGGCGAGCGGGGGGAGCCCGGGGGGAGCCGCGGGAGGACCACUCCGGCCAGAGCUGAAGUAGUGGAUCCGUGGCAGCAGAGACCUGACACCUGCACCAUCUCCCAGCCUCGUUAAGUGGCAUUUCAAAUGUGUGGAAUAUGCUACAUCAACUGGCAACAAGUUUCCAGUGGGUGAAGGAAUUAAAUUGGGAAGCUGCAGAGCACUAAAGUGAUGUGUUUAAUGUGUGGUGGCAUCCCAUGUGCACAACAAUCUGUGUGACACUUUUCAGCAGCCUCAAACUUCUUGAGUUGCAAGGUAGAAGGGGUAGAUUCUUGGAUACUCCUGUGCCUACAGAAUAACCAAAAAUGAAGGAGGACAGUUGUUUACAGGCUGCUCUGCUGUGCCUGGGCAUGUUGUGGUACAGCCAUGCCCUGAGCACGGGGCCCCUGAUGCAGUCCCGGCCCUCGCUCCACGGGCACCGCGAGAAAGGCAAGGAGGGGCAAGUCCUGCACCGCUCCAAGAGAGGCUGGGUGUGGAACCAGUUCUUUGUGAUAGAAGAGUACACAGGACCAGAUCCUGUGCUCGUGGGAAGGCUUCAUUCAGAUAUUGAUUCUGGAGAUGGAAACAUUAAAUACAUUCUCUCAGGUGAAGGAGCAGGAAUCAUUUUUGUUAUUGAUGACAAAUCAGGGAACAUCCAUGCAACAAAGACACUGGACCGGGAGGAGAGAGCUCAGUACACCCUCACGGCACAGGCUGUGGACAGGAACACCAACAGACCCUUGGAACCACCCUCUGAAUUCAUUGUCAAAGUGCAAGAUAUAAAUGACAACCCACCCGAGUUUCUUCAUGAAAACUACCAUGCCAAUGUGCCAGAGAGAUCAAAUGUAGGUACAUCAGUUAUUCAGGUAACAGCUUCAGAUGCUGAUGAUCCUACCUAUGGGAACAGUGCCAAACUGGUUUACAGCAUCCUGGAAGGGCAGCCGUACUUCUCAGUGGAAGCUCAGACAGGAAUUAUCCGAACUGCCCUUCCCAAUAUGGACAGAGAAGCCAAGGAAGAGUAUCACGUCGUAAUACAGGCGAAAGACAUGGGAGGACACAUGGGAGGCCUCUCAGGGACAACCAAAGUGACAAUUACACUUACAGAUGUCAAUGACAACCCACCAAAGUUCCCACAAAGUGUGUACCAGAUGUCAGUGUCAGAAGCAGCUAUCCCAGGAGAGGAAGUAGGAAGAGUGAAGGCCAAAGAUCCUGACAUUGGGGAAAAUGGCUUGGUAGCCUACAGCAUCAUAGAUGGAGAUGGCAUGGACAUGUUUGAAAUUACAACAGACUACGAGACUCAGGAAGGGGUCAUAAAGCUAAAGAAGACCUUAGAUUAUGAAACCAAAAAGUCCUACAGCCUGAAGGUGGAGGCAGCCAAUGUCCACAUUGACCCCAAGUUCAUCAGCAAUGGGCCCUUCAAGGACACGGUGACAGUGAAAAUAGCGGUGGAAGAUGCUGAUGAGCCACCCGUGUUUUUGAAGCCAGGUUACAUUUUUGAAGUACAAGAAAAUGCAGCAUCUGGUACUGUGGUGGGAAAAGUACAUGCCAAAGACCCUGAUGCUGCCAACAGUGCUAUAAGAUAUUCAAUUGAUCGUCACACUGACCUUGAAAGAUAUUUUGUUAUCAAUGCAGAAGAUGGCAAUAUCAAGACAAUAAAAGCUUUGGAUAGGGAAGAAAUUCCUUGGCAUAAUAUCUCUGUCUUUGCAGUUGAAGUCCACAAACAACACCAGGAAGCCAAAGUCCCAGUGUCCAUCAGGGUGGUUGAUGUCAACGACAACGCCCCCAAGUUUGCAGCAGCCUAUGAGGCCUUUGUGUGUGAGAAUGCCCGGAGCAACCAGCAAUUUAUUACAAUUAGUGCUGAUGACAAGGAUGACUCGGCCAAUGGACCAAGAUUUAUCUUCAGUUUACCACCUGAAAUUAUUCACAAUCCCAAUUUUACACUCAGAGACAACAGAGAUAACACGGCGAGCGUUCUUGUCAGGCGGGAAGGGUUCAGUCGCCAAAAGCAGGAUUUGUAUCUGCUCCCCAUAGUGAUCAGUGAUGGGGGGCUGCCCCCCCUGAGCAGCACCAACACGCUGACCAUCCGGGUGUGUGGCUGUGACAGCGGUGGCUCCCUGCUGUCCUGCAACGCCGAGGCCUUCGUGCUCAACGCGGGGCUCAGCACCGGCGCCCUCAUCGCCAUCCUGGCCUGCAUCGUCAUCCUCUUGGUCAUUGUGGUGUUGUUUGUGACACUGAAAAGGCAGAAAAAGGAACCUCUGAUCGUUUUUGAAGAGGAAGACGUGCGGGAGAACAUCAUUACCUACGAUGACGAGGGUGGAGGGGAGGAGGACACGGAGGCCUUUGACAUUGCCACGCUGCAGAACCCCGAUGGCAUCAAUGGGUUCAUCCCCCGCAAGGACAUCAAGCCCGAGUACCAGUACAUGCCCCGGCCGGGCCUGCGGCCGGCGCCCAACAGCGUGGACGUUGAUGAUUUCAUCAACACGAGAAUACAGGAGGCUGACAAUGACCCAACUGCUCCUCCUUAUGACUCUAUCCAGAUCUAUGGCUACGAGGGCAGAGGCUCAGUGGCUGGGUCACUCAGCUCCUUAGAGUCAGCGACCACAGAUUCUGAUUUGGACUACGACUAUCUACAAAACUGGGGACCUCGAUUUAAGAAACUUGCAGACUUGUAUGGCUCCAAAGACACUUUCGAUGAUGAUUCUUAACAAUAAAAUUUAAGAUUUGGCCUUAAGAACUGUGUCCGAUGUUCUGAAGAAUCCAGAAGAAAUGUUAGCAGGUAUUUUUUUAAAAAUCAAGAAAAAUCUCAUUUAAACAUUUAACUUUGACAGAGAGGAUUCCUUUGAUAGAAAAGGACAUAAAAGUGGUAAAUACUGUGAAGUACCUUUUCCUACAAAAGGCAAAUCUAGAAGUUGGCUGCCAGCUUCACUAAAGGAAAAAACCCACUUAAGAAAUACAAAAUAUUUAAAUGAAGGAAAAUGCUAAAAGUGAACCUACAAACAAGGGAAAUCUUUUAUGUAUUAUGAACAUCUAAAUCUUUUACAUCAAAGAAGCUUCCACAAAUUAGAAAAGAUAACAGUUCUGAGCUGUAAUUUCGCCUUAAACUAUGGACACUCUAUAUGGUAGUGCAUUUUUAAACUUGAAAUAUAUAAUAUUCAGCCAGCUUAAACCCAUAUGAUAUAUGUACAGUACAAUGUACAAUUAUUAUGUCUCUUGAGCAUCAAACUUGUUACUGCUGAUUCUUGUAAAUCUUUUUGCUUAUACUUUCAUCUUGAACUAAUACGUGCCAGAUAUAAAAACUCUGUCUUGUUGCAGUGGGAGGAGCCCUAUUUCUAUGUCAUUUUUAAUGUAUCUAUUUGUACAAUUUUAAAAUUCUUAUUUUAGUAUACAUACAAAUAUCAGUAUUCUGACAUGUAAGAAAUGUUACAGCAUCACACUUAUAUUUUAUGAACAUUGUACUGUUGCUUUAAUAUGUGCUUCAAUAUAAGAAGCAGACUUUGAAAUAAACUGAUUCUUUUUUAA